AUGCAGUGGAGUCUCAAUGGAGUGACAGUGAAGGACCGCAAUGCAGCCACGCUGGGCCCGGCAGUCGGCCCGAAAGCGCAACCGAGUCGGGAGCUAAGAGCAGAGGCAGCGACAGGAUCAGAGGUGAAGCGUCGUGGCUUGGAAGCCACCAGUGCCGAGGCCCUCAGAGAUCUUCGAGGCGGCAUCAUGCUGCUCUCCAGGUGCGUGCCCCAAAGCGGCCCAGAGUCUCCGUUUCUGAAUGGUUCCAGUCGCGUCUGGCCUUGGGUGCAGAAGCAUGAUCCCAUUGCUGCCAGAGCCGACUGGAGCCCUCUUUGCAGUGUCCCCCGCAAUGUCUUCAUGCCCCGGCGUGCCGCCAAUCAGACGCUGCCAGCAUCGGUAAGCUCUUUGCUGCGGCAUGUCCAGGAACAGGUCUGGUGCGAGCAUGGCGCUCCAAUACGGGCAUACAUGUCUAUACCACGGCAGCUCUGGCAGGCACUCCACACUGAUUGCGAGAAGCUUGCGGCCAGACUGAUCCGGCACUGCGUCUGUCCGCGCAUCACGGACGGCGACUCGCCGAAAGUGUUGGAAAUUGACCUCAACGUGGUCCGACCCCUUUGUGCUGAUGGCAUACCAGACGAGGCCCCGGCACUUCGAGCUGCCCUCUGGAAGCUGCUCUUGGGAUACCUGCCCUGCGAUGCCUUCCGCUGGGACAUGGCUCUGGCCUCCGCUAGAGCAGACUAUGCUACCUUCCUCCAGGAGCUCCUCUCCGAGCUCCCCCAAGACCUUUUCGACGAGCGAGGGGUCAAGGACGGACCCCCCGGCUGGCCCGACGACGAGGACCACGUUGUCCCGCUUGUCGAGGUGCUCGAGCAGAUCCGGAAGGAUGUCAUGCGCACCAGGCCCGAGAUGGAUUUCUUCUGCCGCACGCUACCCACAGGGUCUGAGUCCUUGGGCAAAGACGCGAUCGAGGACGGCCGCCAACGCUUCGACCCUUCCGAGGUGACGCUCGCCGUCACGAGUCGGGAUCCAGAGUGCAUCGACGUCGAGAGCCCCAAGAGCCACUACGAUGUCGUGGCGCGGAUCCUGCUGCUUUAUGCCAAACUGAACCGCGGAGUUCGGUAUGUACAGGGCAUGAACGAGCUGUGUGCACCGCUGUACUAUUUGUUCGCGCAAGAUCCUUUGAACUAUCAGCAUGCAGAGGCAGACACCUUCUUCUGCUUCAGCCUGCUGAUGUCUGACAUGCGCGACACUUUCGUCAAGACCAUGGACAACGAGGAGGGGGGCAUGAUGGGUCGUAUUGACCAGUUUAACGAACUGCUCAAGGAGAAGGACCUAGAGGUCUGGAGCCACCUCGAAGACCUGCGAGUGUCUCCUGUGUACUACACAGUUCCGUGGCUGACACUGAUGCUCACCCAGGAGCUUGACAUGGCAGAUGUACUUCGGCUGUGGGACUCCUUGCUCAGCGAUUUGGCCCGACCUCACCCACUUCUGUGUUACCUCUGCGUCGCUAUGGUCAUCGGUAUCCGAGAGGUGCUACUGGCUGGCGACUUCACAGACUGCAUGCGCAUGCUCCAGCAUUAUCCCCCGGUGCCUGUCGACGAGCUGCUGCAGGGGGCAAUCAGGCACAGCCUGGGCCAACGGCCUUUUGCUAAACUCUGCGGUCACCUCGCAGGCAACAGCCGAUUCUGGAAAGAGGAGCUUGCCCAGCUGGUGGCCAUGGUGAGAGCAGAAGGGAUUGACAAUACAUCGGCGAGAUCUUACCUGGAUGACCACAACAUCCUCAACUUCGUGGAGCGAGUGCUCCGAACUCUGGUGCAGGACCGACCUGCAGAUCCCUGGGGCGCCAUUGCUAACCUGCUACCAGAGGCCGCGGCCGCAGGUGGAGCCAUGCCGGAGUCGAUCAAGCCCCAAGGGCCGUUAGACAAGCUCGAGGAGGAGAAGGAGGAGGUCAAGGAGCCCGAGUGGAACAUGAUGCCUUCCGUGGGCACGUGGUACAUGAUCCCGACUCCCGUGAUCAAGACUCAGGAGAGGUCAUGUAGAGUGCUACUGAGCACGAUUCGGUCCCACCUAGAGCAAGAGCUUGCCUUCGCGAAUCAUCACGAGGAGCCACUGCUUUCCAAUCGAGGGGACGAGGCGGUUGCCGCCGAAGCUCAAAUUGCUUUUGACAUUCUUGCCCGGCUCUGCUUCACAAACGACAACUGGAAGCCUGGAAGGCCACGGAACACGAGAGAGCUGUCGCGGGGCAGUUUGUGGAAGACCUUGUUGCUGCCGCUUGGCGCCCAGAUCGGCAUGUUGAUGGACGGGCUUGAGGUAAUUUUCGAAGAUUGGAAUGCUACAGUGCAGAUAGCGAGCAAGCACAUCACCGGCCAAAGCGAUGUCACAAGGUACCUCGCCGAUGGUCAGUGCUGCUGGCACAGAGGCCCUGAGUUGCAAGAGAUUCUCUUUGGGCUAAGGGCUAAGGUAGACACCACGCUGGUAAAGAAAGCAGCCGUCCAACAAGCGGUGGUUGCCGCGACUUUCGAGGCCAUGGACACCAACAAAGACGGCGUGGUGUCAAAAGAGGAGUUCGAGAAUUUCGUUGCCGGAGCGGCUGAGGCGGUGGCUCCAGCGCUGGACUGCGAUUGGCGGCAACGGCCCUCUGUUGGCACCUGGUACAUGCCGCUUGAGGAGUUGCCAUCGCCUGCGCUUCCAGUGCUGGCCACAUCCGGCACCCAGAAGGCCUUGGAGGUCACGGCCGCGGCUGCGGCUCCUCGGCCACUGAAGGGCACUGGAAUCAGCUCCAGCACCGUGGUCGCGUUCGUGCUGCCCGGCCUGGACUUUGAGGAGCUCGCGGCCUCGGAGCAGAGCGGCCUCUUGCUCCAGGAGGUGCAGGCGACCAUGGCGCCGUUUGCCCGUUCUCUUCGCAUCGAGCUGGGCGGAGCGGAAGAGGGCGUGGAGGUGAGGAUGACCAUCAAGAAUGCGUCCUCCGCUGAAGCCAAGGCUCUCAAGGCCGAAAUUCUUCGAGCAGAGGAGAACUUCUUGGCCGAGGUGGAGCAGAGGCUGGCGGCUGCGCAGAUUGGGCCGACAGGUGUGCCUCAGCGGGCGACCGACCUUCAGGUCAUGGUGCGCCACACUGCGUCCUUCGAGGAAGGCACAGUGGACGGGCAUGCCACUGCAUCCACCAUGGUGCCGGCAACCACCAUGUAUGCAACUGGCACCACAGGCAACGGCUUCAGCUCUGCCAUGCCCACCGAAUCGCAGUGGGCGGCCUUCGACAGAACGCACCCGGAGCUUCCAAAGGACGAGGUCCAGCAAGCGGUUGCUGCGACUUUCGAGGCCAUCGACACCAACAAAGACGGCAUCAUGUCAAAGGAGGCCAAGCCCGCGGAUUCCAUGGAGGCCACGGGUAUGGAGAAGUUUCUUAUUGCGAUUCGGAAACGGCGAACUGGUAAGGAGGAGCUGAUUCCAAAGCUCUUGCUGGAUCCGUAUGCUAUGGAUGAUGGUUUCGGCACUAGCCCCAUUCAGAGUGCUGUGUCUGACGCGCGACUUUGCAAGGAGCGAGAAGCUGCCGUGGCCGCAGCCAAGCGCCGAGCAGCCAAGGCCGCAGCGACGCAGAUCACGGACUUCAUCGUGGAUCCAUACGAGGAGUUUACCAAGGCAGACACGAACAAUGAUGGUGUGGUCUCUGCAGAGGAGUUUGCGGCCUGGGCCCAUCCCCAUUCGUCCUCCGAGGCGCAGCCUGAAGAGGUUGCAGCCGUGGCAGCCUCCUUUGAGGCUAUCGACAGCAACCAUGACGGGGUCCUGUCGAAGGAGGAGUUUGAGAACCACUUCGUCACGGAGGCCUUCCUGCAAGUAGAGUUGGCCAAUGUCAUGCAGGCCGCGACCAGAGGAGCCGCGAGCCGCGCGACGAGCUCUCUAGCAGGCAGCGCCGCAGAACAGGGCUCAGAUGGCAGCAUGACGGUCGCUGAGCAGCUUGCAGCCGCUGCUGUUGCAGCGGUUGACGCGGCUGUUGCCGCUCCGCCAUCAACGGCGGCUGCGACGGAGGUCUCAGAGGACGAUGCCUUUGCACUCCCACCACUGGUUGUUAGUUUCGCAGAGAUGGGGGCGACGCCAACAGUGGUCUCCAUCGAAUCAGCUGGUGAGCGCGAUGUUGCCGUGCCUGUCGCCGAGGUGGCUAAAGCUGCUGAGAUUGGGGCCAAUGCACCAACAGUGGUCUCCAUCGAAUCAGCUGGUGAGGGCGACGCUGUGGUUCCCGUCGCCGAGGUAGCUAAAGCCGCUGAGAUUGGGGCGAAUGCCCCAACAGUGGUUUCCAUAGAAUCCUCUGGUGAGCGCGAUGCUGUCGCACACGUUGUGGAGGUGGCUAGAACGGCAGAGAUGGGGGCAACCCCGACGGUGGUCUCCCUCGAAUCUGCAGGCGACCGGGGUAUGGCGCCUGUGGUCGAGGUGCGGACUCCUUCCGCAUCGUCCGGGCCGGAUGAUGCAAAGGAACUUGGGGCCGAGAUCGCUGCCAAGGACUUGGUGCUGGACAUCACUGCCGACAAGGAGUCCUUGCCGGCGGAUGUAACCAACGCCUUGAAGGCAGCGACCACAGGAGCAGCGAGCUCUGUGACAGGCUCCAUAGAAGGCACCAUCGGCACCGCUGCACAAGGGUCGGACAGCAAGAAGGUCCAACAAGCGGUGGUUGCCGCGACGUUCGAGGCCAUCGACACCAACAAAGACGGUGUCGUGUCAAAGGAGGAGUUCGAUAAUUUCGUCGCCAGAGCUGCUGAGGAGCCAAGUCACGCCGAGCCGGUGAACCAGGCUGCGGAGCCUGAAGCACCGGAGGAAGAAGACGAGGACCCAGAGGCCAUUCAGGAACGGGUCCACGAGGUCCUCGAGGAAAAUAGCAGACUUCGGUCCGAGAACGUGGCUUUGCGAGUGGAACUGGAUGCCCUCCUGGCCAUGGCUGUCGUGGAGACCCCAGCCGUCUAUGAGCCCACAACUUUCCACGCUCCCACGGCCAUCGCUCUUGUCAGGGACGAGAACUGGACAGCGACCAUUCGGCACAUUCCCAUCCGCAUGAGGCUCUCUUGCCGCGUGGCCGCGGUUUCCUUUCUUCGCAAUGCUGAUCGGCAUCAGGGCUGCGAUUUGCUCUCGAUGCAGUUAGCCAGCCAAGAGCCGUCCCAAGCCUGCAUCUUGAAGUGGCGGAUCGCUGGAGUCCUGCUUGGAGCCAUGCACAUCGAGAGCUCUCAAGGCCUGGGCACGCUGUCGAGGAGCAUCGCCCUCUGGAUGGACAUCGACCCACAUGUGAUCUUGUACUCUUUCCUGCCUGUGCUGCUCUUCGGAGAUGCAUUGUCCAUUGUAUGGCAUGAUUUCCGUCGGACCGCCAUGCAAUGCGCAGUGUUGGCAGGCCCUGGCGUGCUCAUCGGAACCGGACUCAUGUUCAUCGUCUCGAAGUACAUUUUUCCCUACGGCUGGGGAGACUAUGAGUGUGCUGCCUUUGCAAGUGUGCUUGCUGCUACGGAUCCCGUGGCUGUGGUAGGUCUCCUGAAGGAGAUGGGGGCUAGCCGCGUUCUCACCAUGCAAAUAGCAGGAGAGUCCUUGCUGAACGAUGGUGUGGCCAUUGUCGUCUGGCUUGUCUUCUUCGACUUCAUGAAAGGAAAUCAAGCAGAUGGCGGUGCCAUCAUAGGAUCAUUCCUGCGCCUAGCAGCCGGUGGCACAGCCUUCGGAGUCUUCUGCGGAGUAGUGGGCGCACGUUGGGCGUCGCUUGCAUCCGAUCGUUUGGUCCACACGGACGCCUUGGUGCAGGUCAGCCUGACCAUCACUGCUGCCUACCUGGCGUUCUUUAUUGGGGAGAACGAGCUGAAAGUCAGCGGGGUUCUGGCGGCCAUUUUCGCGGCAUUGAUGAUGAGCAAAUUUGCCACGCCUUUGGUCUGCCACAAGGAGGGUAUGCUCGCGGUGUGGCACACCAUGGAGUACUUCGGGAACACUGUCCUCUUCGUCCUCUGUGGGCUCUUUGCAUAUGAGUCGUGCUCGAAGGUGGCCUGGGCAGACUUCGGUUGGCUACUUCUUCUCUACAUUCUGGCGACCCUGGCAAGAGGGUUCAUGGUCGCAGUCCUCUGGCCGGCCGUAAACUUGGUCGGUGGCUCCGAUGUCACGAAGACAACCUGGAAGGAAUGCGCCGUCAUGGUUUGGGGAGGGCUACGCGGUGCUGUUGGCCUGGCCCUGGCAUUGUCCAUGCGAAACGAAUUGCGAACGCAGGGGAAGACAGAGACGGCAGACCGCAUGGUAUUCUUCGUCUCAGGCUUUGCAGCCCUGACAUUGUUGAUAAAUGCCACGACCUGUGGAGCACUACUGCAGCGCUUGGAGCUCACCAAGCCUCCGGAGGCACAGGUGGUGAUCCUGACAACUUUGCGGAAGGUCUUGGUGUCGGUCUCCAAGAAAGCAUUCGAAGAUCGGCUGGCAGAGGAUGGGCGCUUCAAGGCUGUUCACCAGCAAGAACUGGAUGCGCUGCUCGAGCAUCUCGAUGAGGAGCUCGCCCACCACGGUCACCUCGAGAAUGAGCAUGCGCAGGAAUUCGUGCCCCAAGACCACACACAGUUGGUGGGCAAGUCGAUGGAAAGUUCCGAUGAAAUUGCGAAUGAGAUUACCACAGAUGUCGUACCCGAGGCCGAGGAGCCUUCCGUGGAGAUUCUGGCAGAGAAGGUCGCAGAGACAGGCACCACAGACCAGGAGGCCACAUCAGCAGAUCCUGCACCGAAGAAGGAUGCUGAGAAGAAGGAGGAGCAUUGGUGGUGGGGUUUCGAGCAAGUCCAACCUGCAUCUGGUGCCAUGAACAAGCCUACUGGGCCCUCGUUCUUGGAGAAGCGGUAUGGCGUGGCAACACGGGGCACGCAUCAGGAGCGUAUUGUCUACCGCAAGCUAUUCCUCUCCAUGCUUCGCGCAGAGUACAUGCGCCUCAUGGACACUGGGAUGCUGCCGCGACGCGCCGAAGGAGCGGAGCUCCUGCUGGCGAGCAUCGAUGCGGCGGAUGACUUCGCCUCCAUCGGCUUGAACGACUGGAAGAUUCUCCAGAGCCAGCUGCUGAAACGCCGUGGGAGCGUCUUGGUCAAGGCUCGCGAGUUGCUGUCGCCCUACUUCGCGUUUGCCCCCGUUCCAACUGUCAGUGGCAACAUGGUCUUUGAUCUCUUCACCGUCGUGGCAUUCAUCGAUGCACACCACACCGUGUGCCACCGGCUUCUGGAGAGCGACUGCCUGAACGGCGAUGCACGGGAGGACGUCGUCAAAGAGUCCUCCACGGAGUUGGAAGCCGCGCAUCAGCUGCUGAAGGAAAACUGCAUCGGCGCGAAGCAGAUCAGCAAGGUUCGUACGAUGCAGCUGGCCACGAUGCUUUUCGAGGUUCAGAAGGAGCAGGUGUCUCGUUGGUUGGAAAUGGGCGUCAUUUCUGACAAGGAGAUGGAGGAGCUCCUCCACAUAAUCAAGCAUGGCCUGGAGCACUCGCAAGAGACCAUGAAGAAGAAGGUACUGAAUCAGGUGCGCAAGGCCAGAGAGACCAUGAUGACCUUCCGAUCCAACACAGGCGAAGAGCGCUUCGUUUUGAGCAUGGCCUUGACGAAGCUUCGUAGAAUACCCGUGAGCUUGGGCAGCACUGUACAACUCGAGAGCGGUGCAGUGCAAGGCAAGGUGUUUCAGAAGGCUGUGGUAAAGGGUGACUUCUUGAAGGUUGACCUUGGAGGACCAAAGCUGGUUAUGGAUGUUGGUGCGAACUAUGGCCAAAGCAGCGAGCGAUACUUGGCUGCAGGUUUCAAGGUCGUGGCCGUGGAGCCAAAUCCUGCAGCUGCUGCGGGCCUCCGCGAUCGCCUGCAAAGUCACGUGAGCGCAGGGAGCUUGGUGUUGGAGGAGAAGGCUCUUUGGAAGGAGACGGAUGCUUCUGGGGCCCCGGUGACUUCUGUCAUGCUGUACGUCAACAAGGAAGACUCUGAGUGGAGCAGCUGCCUGCGAAAUGUGGGAAGGAGAUACGACACAGAGGCCGAGGCCGUGAAUGUCGCUACUGUGACCCUCGCUGACCUUUUCGUUCAACAUGGAGUCCCCUGGUAUUUGAAGCUAGACACCGAAGGAGCUGACGGCAUGGUUCUCCAGCAGUUGUCGGCUCUGGACUCGAAGCCGGCAUACCUCUCUUUCGAGCUGAACAGUCUCGGCUACAUCUCGCAGGCAUUCAAGCUUGGCUAUCAGGAAUUCAAGGUGGUACCACAAAGCCGUCACAAAGCUGAGCAUCUCCAGGAUGAGCAUGGAAGGCCACUGACUCACGCUGGCAAUUUCGGCGAGGAUGCAGUGGGAGUGGCCGGAGAAGGUUGGCAGGAUGAAGGGGCUACGCUGGAUCUCUGCCGCAGCUUGUGCUUGGUUCACGAUGCAGAGGCAGACGCACCCACUUUCGCCAACGGCCCUCCGAGGUACGUGGACCGAGACUUCGCUACAUUGCGCGCAUGCUUUCCGAUCGAAAGUCUAAAUGAUGAGGAGUGGUACGACAUCCAUUGCCGGCAUAUCUCCGUUAGCUCCUGCCGGCAGCAGCUUGCACCGGCACCGAAGCGGUCGAUAAACAGCCGGAGCCGGAUCUGCCUCGAGGAUUUGUUUGCAUGGUGCAGGCUGUUUGAUCAUCAGAGCCUCCUUCCAGAUUGGCUGGGUUCUUGUACAUUCCCAGAAACAUCUCUGUGCCGCAGCCGCCACAGCUACUCCGCCCAUCCUAGCGAGAUGGCGUCCAAGCCGCUACCGGGCCCGGGGCUCAGAGGAAAAUCUGUUGGAAACACGGCCGCAGCUCCAUCUGCAUACCAAAAUGGGCACCUCAAGAGUUGUUGA